CACGAAGUUGCAACGGGACUUUACACACAGACAAAAUACAGAAUCGCUCGUGAACCAGUUUGCCCAAAAAUAGAGCAAAACCAAACCAGUCCCAGCAAAAAAGAAUGGCCGAGCCCACAAACACCCCCGCCCCCUCCUCCCCGCGCCCGGACGCCGCCGCCGCCCCGAUCCUCAUCGUCGGCGCCGGGGUCAGCGGGUUGCUGCUGGCCCAGCACCUGCGGCGCGAGGGGGUCGCGUUCGCAAUCUUUGACCGCGACGAGCCCGGCGACAAGACGCGCGGCGUCGGCUGGGGCCUGACGCUGCACUGGUCGCUGCCGCAGCUGCGCGCCCUGCUGCCCGACGACCUCGUGCGCCGCCUGCCCGAGGCCUACGUCGACCGCGCCGCCGUCGUCGACGAGGGCCGCUACUCGGCCUUCCCCUUCUACGACCUCAGCACCGGCGGGCUCAAGGCCGCGACGCCCGGGGCGCCAGAGUCCAAGAGGAUUCGGGUCUCGCGCGAGAGGUUCAGGGCGCUGCUGGCUACCGGGAUCGAUGUGCAGUGGAGGAAAACAGCAACGAGAUUCGAAACCUCAGACGAUACGAGCUCGGUCACCGUCCACUUUGACGACGGCACCUCACACAGCGGCCGCUUUUUAGUGGCCUGCGAUGGCGGCAACUCGCGCAUCCGGACAGCCCUGCUUGAGCAAAAGGCAAGGCAGCAGCCACCACCAGCACCACCACCACCUGUCAACGGCGACAGCAACGACAACCAUGAGGACGGCCGCUUCCUCAUCCCUGUCGGCGUCAUGGGCUUCAGGGUCAACUGCACCCCGGCCCAGGCCCAGGCCAUGAGGGAUCUGGACCCCUUCUUCCUCCAGGGGACCGCGUCGGCGAACAACACCUACAUGUAUUUCAGCGUCCUCGACUCCCCCGGCAGCCCGCCCGAGAACACGGACAGGUACGCGUGCCAGGUCGUGGUUUCGUGGGCGCUGAGGGACAACGACAAGCUCGGGCUCAGCGGCGACGGCGGCCAUGUGAAGGCGCCACACGUCUAUCCCGUCACCAACGAGAGCAGGCUCGCCCUCGUCAGGUCCCUCGGCGCCGUCUGGGCCGACCCGUUCGCCUCGCUCGUCCGCUCCGUCCCGGACGGCACUGAGGUCCGCGCCCUCGAGCUGUACGACUGGCCACCCCCGACCGACUUCAGGGGCGAGGGCCCCGUCGCCCUGGCUGGGGACGCGUUCCACCAGAUGUGCAUGU